UAGCGACAUCCAUACCCCCACGCAUCCUUCACUCACACCACAUUACUCCCUCUCUUUCUCUCUCUAGACUCAUCACCACCGAACACUAUUCUCCCAUGCCAGCCAAUAUUUCCCAUUUUUCUUAGUAUACAUAUAUAUAUUGCCUCUCACAAGCUCUCAUUUUUCUUAGUCUUGCGCACAAUUUCUUCAAUGUCCAUCUUACCACAGCAUUACUAUCCUCUUAGGUCCAUACACCAUGCUCGCACGUGCCACCACAUUUCCCUCCCCGCUCGUGUCUACUGCUCCACCACCACCAAGCCCCACCGCGACAUGGAGCAGCUAGUCAUCCAACCACCGCUCGUACCACCACCACCACCACCACCCACCCUAGUCACAACCACUAGCCGGACUAUGCUUUAUGACCCAUCCUGGCAAUCAACCUGGUCUCAUCGUGCAUGGGUCGCCAGUGGGUGCACCACGGUGCUAGUUUCACUAGCCAAGUCCGUAGCCGGUGCAGCCCAUUCGCAUAUUUGGCUCGAGCCCAUGUUGGCAGGCUUGGUGGGCUACGUGCUAGCGGACCUCGGCUCCGGAGUGUACCAUUGGGGCAUUGAUAACUAUGGCAGUGCCUCAACUCCUAUUUUUGGUUCACAAAUAGAAGCAUUCCAAGGCCACCACAAGUGGCCUUGGACAAUCACUAGGCGUGAUUUUGCUAACAAUCUACACGCACUCGCGCGCGCUGUGACCUUCACUGUGCUUCCCAUUGAUCUUGUUUUAAAUGAUCCAAUUUUAUAUGGUUUCGUGGGGGUGUGCUCGGGUUGCAUUAUGUUCAGCCAGCAGUUUCAUGCUUGGGCUCACGGCACAAAGAGCCGCCUCCCACCACCGGUGGUGGUGCUACAAGAUGCCGGAAUACUUGUGUCACGAUCACAGCACGCUGCACACCACCGGUCCCCAUAUAACAAUAACUACUGCAUAGUGAGUGGAGUUUGGAAUGAAUUUUUGGACAAGCACAAGGUUUUUGAGGCAUUGGAGAUGGUCCUGUUCUUCAAGCACGGGGUGCGACCCCGGUCCUGGAAUGACCCUAAUUCUGAUUGGACUGAGGAGAACGAUGAAAACCCUUCUCAGAGUACACUCCAUUGAUUCAGUUUCCUUCUUAUAUAUAUAUAUAUAUAUAUAUAUAUAUAUAUAUAUUUGUUUAUCCUGCUAGAAUGUGUGGUUUGUGAAUAGAGUUCCGUGCAAAUUGCAAGGAACAUAAUUUUGUGUAUAUGAUAAGGGGCUUUGUGACCCAGUAGAGGUAUAAUUUCCAAUUUGGUUCACUUUCAUGGUGUAUUUGAUUUUCCAAGUGUUAUAAAAAUCAAACAAUGUCCAA